AUGGAUGUGUCUGGAGCCGUGGUCUACACGAUCUUCCACGCCGCUGAGGAAGCCAAGACCGGCGACUUCAUGAUAGUGUUAUCAUACCCACAGCACCACUUUGUCAACAUCAUAGAAACCCUCCAAAGCCCGACAAUCUCCUUCAACCCCGAACCAAGGUACGACCCGGCAACAACAAAGUACACUUACAUCCAAGUCGACCCUGACGCCCCCGGUCCCGCCUUACCGGCUCGACGGAAAUUCCUACACCACAUUGUCUAUGACCUUCAGCCAUCCUGCAUAACUACGCAGACGCCCAUCACGCAGGUAGAUUACCAGCCCCUUCUUCCUCUCUCAUUCACCCUGCAUUAG